AGAACAGGAGGGUAGCUCCCAGAAUUGCUCUCCUCGUUCACUUUCCGACCAUUUUUUGUCUUUUCAGCAAGAGAAAAUUUUCGAGGUUGCCAGAAAGUUUUGGCCGACCAAACACAUAACCUAGUUUCUUGUACCUUUUCGACUAAUAGAAUUCCUGCAGUUACAAAGAAGCUGUUGAACACAGAGAAAGAGAGAGAGAGAGAAUGCGCGCGCGCAUGUAUGAAGUGAUCACGAUCAAAGAGCCCCACCAGAUGCCAUAAACAGAAAUGAAAUACUGAUACCAUUGCCAUUAUUGUUAUUGGCAUGUUUAAUAUUGCACCGCAGAGGAUGUUGUGAUACAGCAAAAAAGUAAUGAUUUUCUUGUUACGGGUAUCGUUUUUGAGGAAUCUGAGGAGUUGUUGUGGCCGUCUAAAUUCUAUAAGUGGCAAUUGUAGUCCUUUCAAAAAACAUGACGUUAAAACAAAGGAGAAGAACAAGAACAAGAACAAGAAGAAGCAGAAUCACAAGUGCACCAAUCUCUGUGAUUACAUUGAUUUGAUCUCCGAAUCCGAAAAAAUAAAUUUGCUAUUUCGGGCUUUGUUUACCAAAAUCUUACAUUUUUUCCUUUCUGCGUCUUUGGGUUGUGGGGUUUAUUUGGUUUUGUGCAGGGGUCCUUUCCUUUAUUUUGUUUGAGGGUUUGACGGUUUUGGUCUCCUUCUUUUUCUGUGUGUGAUAUUUCUCAUGUCUCAACAAAGGAAAUUUCAGAUGGUGGGUGGUAACAAUCCGAGGCAGUACAAUGACACAACUUUUACCAAAAUCUUCGUGGGAGGGUUGGCUUGGGAAACUCAACGGGAUACCAUGAGGAGAUAUUUUGAUCAAUUCGGAGAGAUCCUGGAGGCUGUUGUUAUCACAGAUAAGAACAGUGGGAGAUCCAAGGGUUACGGUUUUGUUACAUUUAAAGAUCCAGAGGCAGCCUUAAGAGCAUGUCAAAACCCAUCUCCUGUGAUUGAUGGAAGGAGAGCAAAUUGUAAUCUCGCAUCUCUUGGUGCACAGAAGAUUCGUCCACCAACUCCUCUAGAUGGUGUUUCCAGUUCAGGAAGGUUUAGACCAGUCAGUGGCUUCCAUACUCCACCUGCUUAUUAUGGCACAUAUUACCAUCAACCUAGGGGUCAAUACACAUUUCUUUGUUCAGCUUAUGGAUACACUAGAUAUUCCAACAAUGCAAUGUAUCCUGUGAACUAUUAUAGUGUUUAUGGGGAUCAACAAUCUUCUCCUUUCUAUGCCAACACUGGGACAGCAGGGCCACCCGGGAUGCUCCACAAUUUGUAUCCGUUCUAUGCACAAUAUGCACAAAGUGGCCGCCCUCAUGGUUUUGGAGUUCCAUAUCCCCAACUGGUAAUGUACCCGUAUUUGCCUCAGCACUAUGGCUCUACUGGGAUACUUUCUCUUCCUUCUUCAAUGGCAAUGCAAACUACAACAACAGCUGCAGCCGCAACAACAGAGGUGACUACAGGUGCAGGUGUUUCUCAGGCCACCAGAGUAGCAUCCGAACAAAAUUCAUCAACUUUGCCUUUACUGGGGAAAAACAAUGCUUUCUUGAAAGACUAAAAGCAUGGCCAGAAAGGUGAAAAGCAUCACAAGCAAAAACACAAAGAAAGUGACUAAGAAAAGAACAUAUGAUAUUACUGAUUCAAGAGGAUGCCUGAUCAGCUGGCAUAACAAGGGAAGGAAUGCAAUGAUACAGAGUGGAAUCAUCCAUUUAUGGAGCAAGCGUGCAUAGACAUGUUCAAGCUUGUUCCAAUAACCAUCAACUUUGCUUUGUUAUUAGUUCACACUCAAGAUCUUCGUCUCCGUCAUCCUAUUUUUUGAGAGAUUAGCAUUAGGUGAAGAACCAUAUUCAUUGAUGUAUUGUCAUAAGGCUAGAAAUUAAAUAUUGGCUUUGGAUUCUUCCUUUUAGAUCAAUUACUAGAUAGUAACGUCUUGGAUUCAAUGUUGGAUGCUAAUUGCAUCGAAUGACAAACUUGUUCAUAUUGGCAGUGAUGGGCUCCAAAGAUUAUUUUCUAUCUUUGAACCCCCUAUUGGUUGGUCAAGUUGAAAAGGAGAGCUUGGAUAGCUCAGGCAUCUGACUUGUAAACAUCGUGUUUGUUCAUUUUUCCAGGAAUGGUUCGUUUUAAGAAGAUAGGAUUAGUUGAGAAAAGGGAGAUUGUCUAUUUUUUUCUUGAUCUUGUGGAUAAUCACAUAUUCUGAUCUGUCACCUUUUGCUUUCAGGUGACAUUCUGUA